AUGCAAGAAGUGGCAGCGACAGGAAGAAGGCGGCAUGGCGGGUCGUCCGGUUGUCCGAAUUGCCAAAUAAUAUUAGAUCGGCCAAACAACAACGGGCAUCAGCCAACGGCCACCACCACCACACCCACCAAUCGCCGCCACCAAACAAGAUCCAAACAACCCAUCGACCGACUUGGCGUGUUCCGCCAGCUUACAACAUACGAUGCUUCCGGCCGUUACCGUGGACAAUUAUUCUUCGGCAACGACAAAUGGCUGGGUCAGAAGAAUUUCUGCUAUGAACUUAAUCGGCAACUAAAUCCAGAUGAGCGUAAACAUUUCGAGUUUGAAUUUUAUGCUGCUUUGGUUGCGCUACACCUGUCGAUGCCGCAACAGUUGCACGUAAACCUCCAAGUGGGCGAGUGUUUACCACGUUCCUGCAAUGCACACGACGUGCACGCCAUACUCACACUGGAUCCACAUGCUCAAAUGCUUGUCGCACUAAAUACCGCGGCGAUCAAUCAAGCACAAUACAACCAAAGUAUUGGCCAUGGUCACAGCAAUAGCAGCAGCGGCAACCACACCAUCAUACAAGUGCUACAUGUGCGUGCAGUGCCCGGCGCCUUCAGCUAUUGGCGCGAAUUAAAAUUUCAAAUAUUUCUAAGUUUCGUAUUCUCACUUUUGCUACUCGUCAUCACAGCCACCUGGUAUCAGGCGAAAUUAAAUCAACUGCAGCUCAGCUCGCCGCACAUUGCGGCCAUUAGUGCGAAAAUUGAUGCUGUCAUGGCGGCCGCAAUCGCCGGUGCCAGCGGUGGCCGUGGUGGCGGUGGCGGCGAUGGCAUUGCAACAAUUGAUGCCAGUGUCGCGGGGACCUACACUAAUAAUGCCGGUGGCGGCAAUUCAGGUGCAUUCAAAUCAACGAGAGCAGUGCCAGCCUUCGAACUGUACCAGAUGAGCACACUGACAACGGAGAACAACAAUGUGCUCGACAUUGAGGCGGAUGUGAGUGGGAAUAAAACGGCGAAUAGCGCCAGUAGCAGCAGCAGCGCAAACGGCACUGGUGGACAAGCGAAUGGGAAUAGCAAUGGCGCAGCAGGCACAGCCGCAGCGACAGUGGGAACUACGAAAGGGGGUGGUGUUGCUGGUGGCGGUGGCG